AUUUUCGAAACUGAAAUUCUUAAAUAUUCACCCAGCAAUCACCUUUCAUACAUGUUUAUAGACUGACUGGACUAUUAUUUCCAUAUUGUUUGAACUCGCUCUAUGAAUUCUAAAUGCUCUGGGUAAAAUCAGUUGACAGAACUGAAUUUUCUCAGUUCACUAAUCAUCCCUCCCAAUAUUAAUUAUAAAGUACUGUUGAGCAUUGAAAAAAAAACUUUCUUUAUCCCAAUCACCACCACCCAUAUACAUUUUUCAGGUUUCUUACACCCUAACUCUCCAGUCCAUCCAUGAGCCUUUGUCACUCACAUGUUUUGUUAUGCAGUAAUACUGAACUAUGGUCCUGUUCCUCAAAGAUGACACUCUUCUCUACUUACAUAUCUAUCUUGCUGAUUUCAAAAUCUAGCUAAAGGAACCUCUCACACUUUCCUCCUGUUGAUCAACUUCAAAUUUAUUAUACAUAUAGCUGGUUUGUACAGAAAAUUUUGCAUAUUGUAUUCCCCAUUAAUCUUGGAGCACUUUUAUUGCAGCAUUGUCAUUGACCUUCCUUCCUGGCAUCAGCAACUUAGUACAGUGCUGGACAAAUUGGAAGGUCUGUGAAAAGUACCUCUACAAAUGAUGGAAAUGGAAUCAACUGCUUUCCUGAAUAAAGAGAAUGAAGAUAGAAAAGCUGGUUCAACCAUAUUUGGAAAAAACAAAAAGAAAAAAGCUGAAGAAAUAACACUCCUUGUUCAUGAAAGCACAAAAGAAACAUACACAUGGGAUUCUCCAGUGGGCCAGUUAUCUUCCAAAGUGGAACAAGAGUCAUCUGACAGUGGUGAUGAAGGGGGUCUGUGGUUUACAGCUUCUGUUACCAGUGAAUACUGCAAUUUGAAUAAACCAAAUUUCAGAAGAAAUCCUGAUGGAGAAAUAACAGAUGACGAAAAAACGAAAGAAAGAGACAACAGAAUGGAAGAUGACAAAUUAGACUUUAUUGGAAGUGAUGUCAAUAUCCCUCGAAGAAUGAUAGAAAACAACAUGGGCCAGUCAUGGAAAACACUCAUGGGACAUCAAACUGAAGGGAAAUCAGCCUUUGAGUUGUCUGUGAAGAAAAGUAUGGCAGAAAACACACCCACCCUACUUUCUCUUACUUUGGAUGAGAUUGAAAUAGAUCUAAAUAUCAAUGAAAAAUAUGAACACAAAAAAGACAAAGGUAUAGAUAAAGUCAUUACUCAGGAAAGUGCAAAGGAAGAAUAUGAUCGGAAAUCCCCACUGGGUCAGAAACUGCGGGAAAUGGAAGAAGAAUCAUCUGACAGUGGUGAUGAAGGAGGACUAUGGUUUAUAGCUAGUCAUACCAGCGAGGAUGAUUAUUUAAAUAAGCUGGUUCUCAGAAGAAAUCCUGGUAGAAGAGCAACUGAUGAUGAGAAAAGGCAUGUUUCUUUAAGCUACAAACCAAAAGUUAUUGAAGACAGCAUGCCUAAUGAAAAUGCCUCAAUAAAAGGAACCAAAAGAAAGAAUGUUAUACAAGAACAAAAAGAUAAAAGGAACAUAAUGUUUUCAUUCUUGCAAUUUUUCCAGAGGAAUUCUAAAAAACAAAAGGAGUACAUAAUCACAGAUGUAAAAAGGAAUGAAGCCAGAGAAAAUGGGUCUGCAAAUAAAACACCAAGAGGCUGUUUUGGUAUGGUGUGUUUUCCAAGGUGUUGGAGAAAGCAAAAUAAAUGAAAUAGAAGGAAAGGCCAUAGUCAUCAUCUUAAAUUU